UCUCGCGCGACUCCCGCAGUCGUUCGUGCGGCCUUAACCGCCAUGGGUCGUUCGCUCCACAUAUUCUUAAAACCUUUCGCUCCAAAAUACGUGCGCACGGCAACCACAGGAUGUCCGUUCUCUAAACGCCAGCGUUCCCAAAUAGCUCCAACCGCCGCACUCAAUGAGGAGAUAUUUGCUAAUGCGAAACCUUAUUCAGAAGUCCCCGGCCCAAGGCCCAUACCUUUGCUUGGUAAUACGUGGCGAAUGGUACCGGUGAUCGGACAGUACGAUAUAUCGGAAUUCGCGAAAGUAACUAAGCUGUUUUUGGAGAAAUACGGUAGGAUUGUACGUUUGGGUGGAUUGAUAGGAAGACCAGAUCUUCUGUUUGUGUAUGAUGCUGAUGAAAUCGAGAGGAUGUAUAGAAGAGAAGGUCCUACUCCAUUCAGGCCUGCUAUGCCGUGUCUCGUUAAAUAUAAGUCAGAAGUGAGAAAGGAUUUCUUCGGGGAGUUACCUGGUGUUGUUGGAGUUCACGGCGAACAAUGGCGGCGAUUCCGCUCUAAGGUUCAACGACCUAUACUCCAGCCCCAAACAGUGAAGAAGUAUGUGACACCCAUCGAGAUGGUAACUGAGGAUUUUAUAAAAUAUAUGGAGAAAGCGAGAGACGAUAACAAAGAUCUGCCGCAUGAGUUUGACAAUGACAUACAUCGGUGGUCCUUGGAAUGUAUCGGACGCGUAGCGUUGGACGUGCGACUUGGUUGCCUGUCACCGGAUGCAUCAAGCGAGGAACCGCAGCGUAUUAUAGAUGCAGCCAAGUUCGCGUUGCGCAAUGUUGCUGUACUGGAAUUAAAGGCGCCCUACUGGAGAUACAUCCCGACCCCGCUGUGGACCAAAUAUGUCAAUAACAUGAACUUCUUCGUUGAAUUAUGCUCAAAAUAUAUUAACGAAGCUCUAGAGCGUCUGAAGAGCAAGCAGGUGACAUCUGAGAACGAUCUGUCAUUAUUGGAGCGAGUGUUGCAAAGCGAAGGGGACCCCAAGAUUGCCACAAUAAUGGCACUUGACUUAAUUCUUGUCGGCAUUGACACGAUCUCAAUGGCGGUAUGUUCAAUAUUAUACCAAGCGGCGACGAGAUUGAAACAACAAGAGAAGAUGGCUGAGGAAAUAAGAAGAGUGUUGCCUGAUCCGGAUAAACCUCUCACUUACUCUGACUUGGAUAAACUACAUUACACCAAGGCUUUCGUUAGAGAAGUAUUUAGAAUGUACUCGACUGUUAUCGGCAAUGGAAGAACAUUGCAAGAAGAUGACGUCAUAUGUGGAUAUCACAUUCCCAAGGGGGUACAAGUUGUGUUUCCAACGAUCGUGACUGGCAAUAUGGAGCAAUUCGUUUCCAACCCUCAGGAGUUCAGACCUGAACGUUGGUUGGAGGCCGAUGGACGAUUGCAUUCAUUCGCUUCACUGCCUUACGGCUUCGGAGCCAGGAUAUGUUUGGGCAGACGGUUCGCUGAUUUGGAGAUACAGGUCCUUUUGGCUAAGUUGCUUCGCCGUUACCGUCUUGAGUACCACCACGAGCCGUUAGAAUACGCCGUGACCUUCAUGUACGCGCCCGACGGACCCUUAAGACUGAGGAUGAUCGAACGAUAGAGUAAUAAAACAAAUCCAACGAAACAAGAUAAACUAUAUAAACACCGGCACUUGCUCAUUUUACGACAAACUGAUUUGUAUCAUGAUUUCUAGUUAAGUAUAACGACUGACUGUAACGCUUUAAAUUGUGUUUUGUAAUCUGUUAAUAUGCUUUGAAGGUAAAUUUGAUAAUUUGUAACAGAAAAAAAAAAUUAAUACGUAAUACUAACAAGGUUUCUUAACGAAAUAAAAACACUUCAGAAACCCAUGAAGGUUUGUUUACAUUAUUUAUUCACAUUCGUUGGCACUGAUUUAACUGUGUCUGAUUAAAUAUAUUAGGGUUAUAGUUAAGGACAUUUAUGAGGAAUGCUAAAAUUGUAAUAACUUAAAGAAAUAGACAAUCAUAUAAACUAAUCACUUUUACUGUGUAAUCGACUUUGUUAUAAUCGCAAAUAAAAACGGAGGUAGUAUUAUUUCUGCUUUCAAACAUAUUUGUAUAAUAUAUAGCAUGAUAAAAAAUUGUUAGUAUACAUUUUUCUCUUAAAUUUUCCAAGAACAUUUUCCAUAUUAUUGUUAAAAUAAUUAAUAUCUGGCAUAAUCUCUUUUCUUCGUAUUGCUUUGACACCAUAAAAAAAACUUUUAAUCUUUAUGUUUGUUAUUAUUUGUUUGUAUAGAAAUUUCAAACGGCUGUUCAAAGUCAAUAGUUUUUUUUUUGUACUAGAAUUUUUCAAGAACAAUUGUAUCGCAGUCUAAGGGUUAUUUGUAACGAAAAUGUCAUUAUUUGAUCUUUCGAAAUGAAAAAAUGCAAAAUAUCUAUAGAUAUGUACAUAAAGUAAUAAAUCAUGUUUAUAAUCUUGUUUUAUUUCAAUAUAUAAAUUAUAAAUUCA